AUGAAUGUCUUUCCCAUGGUGGUUAAGGAACAAACCUUCAGUUUGUCCAAACUGGUCACAGUGGUGGAGCUUUUGCGCAAUCAACUAUUUCUCACACAUGCCCAUGCUGAGGCUGGCGUUGACCUCCCUGACUAUGUGGAGGAAGUGCUAGCAGUAGGCUACUGCCCAGGUUGCGUUCUUUGUUCUCAUAGGCAAAUUUGUUACGUCUGUCGCACUCAAAUUCCCCCGGCAGUUUCCCUUAGCAACAGUCCAGACCUACCUGAAGGAGGAGAUGAGGCUCAGAGUGUCACAGACACGAGUUCCUUGACCAGCGUGGCUACUACAGGCAAUGUUGCACCUCCUGCAGCAGCUGGUGUUGCAGCUACCAACGCUGCGCCACCCCCAGUCACCAUUGCAGCUACCAACACUGCACCACCCCCAGUCACCAUUGCUGCUGCUACAUCUCUCACCACCACUGCUCCACAUCACGGGAGUACUUCUGCUUCAGCCUGCUGGUACAUCAUUACUGUUGGAUGUGAGACCGGUGUAUUUCAAGGCUGGCAUAAUGUCCAUUCACAUGUAGUAGGUGUUCCUGGAGCUUGUUUUGGACAGUACACCUCUCGUGCUAGUGCAGAUGAGGCAUAUGCCCAGGUGCUGCAAGAUGGCACUGUGCAGGAGUUGCCACUCUGA